UUUUUUUGCCUAGACUCUGCAUAGUUAAUUUCUUGUGGAGCAUUAAAGAUUCCUGACAGAGGAAAGCAAGCUGCCAUGGAACAGAAGAAGUUCUGGUUAUUGGCAAUGGUCCUUGUCUUAGGAUUCAGCAGCCUGGCUAAUGGGUUUUUCCUGAAAUUACUUCCAGGACAAUGCCAAGUGCAACCGAAUGCCAGAGUGAACUGUGGAUACCCCUACAUCAGUGCUCAGGAAUGCUACAAUAGAGGAUGCUGUUUUGAUUCAAGUAUUGCUGGAGUCAUCUGGUGUUUCUUUCCAAAAGAUAAUACAGAAUGCUCCACCUAAAGUAAAUGGGAUCUCAGAACCUGUCGCCUUUUUCUAGAGUUCCUGAGGAAUUAAAAUAAAGCUACAUUUCAAUCUGUAGACAUACAUAUGCUCUCUUCUGUUAAAAUAAAUAUUGCCUAUGAGAUCAUGUCAACCUUAUCUUAAAAAUUAAAUAGAAUACUUAAACACAAGUGUAGCUUUUUCUAGUCUAUUGUUCUGCAAAUAAAAGCCUUGAGAACUUUCCUA